GACAGCCGGACGGGCCGACCCGCCGGCGGAGCGCGAGCCCUAGGCGGAGCAACGCGGCGGCGGCGGAGACGAAGAGGAGGAGGUCGGGAAGAUGUCGUCGGUGUACGUGCUGGAGCCGCCGACCAAGGGCAAGGUGGUGGUGCAGACGACGGCUGGCCCGCUCGACAUCGAGCUGUGGCCGAAGGAGGCCCCAAAGGCGGCGCGCAACUUCGUGCAGCUCUGCCUCGAGGGCUACUACGACGGCACCCUCUUCCACCGCGUCAUCAAGUCCUUCCUCGUCCAGGGCGGCGACCCCACCGGCACCGGCACCGGGGGUGAGAGCAUAUAUGGUGCCCCGUUUGCGGAUGAGUUCCAUUCACGCUUGAGGUUUAACCACAGGGGUUUAGUGGCGUGUGCCAAUGCUGGCACGCCGCACUCGAACGGAAGCCAAUUCUUUAUCAGCCUCGACCGUUGCGAAUGGCUCGAUAAGAAGAAUACCAUCUUUGGGAAGGUCACCGGCGAUUCUAUUUUCAACCUUUUAGCCUUGGCUGAUGGUGAGACAGAUAAGGAUGAUCGACCUGUGUACCCACAGAAAAUUCUUUCAGUUGAGGUGCUUUGGAACCCGUUUGAUGAUAUUGUUCCAAGACAACUUAAGAAGACUGAGCCUACGGCCAAGUUGGAUACUGAGGCGAAACCAAAGAAGAAAGCUGUUAAGCAACUUAAUGUGCUUUCGUUUGGAGACGAAGUAGAAGAGGAGGAGAAUGAGGCAACAUCCUCUGGGAAGGACAAAAUUAAAAGUAUUCAUGAUGUGUUGGAUGAUCCCCGGUUUCUUAAAGGGGAACCACAGGAUGAACAACUAUCCAAGGAGCAAGAGGACAAGAAAAAGGAGACCGUUCUAUCUGUCAGGGAGGCUUUAGUAUCGAAAAAAUCUGACUUCAGAGAGCCAGAACAUGAUUCAGAAACAGAUGAUUAUCCUGACGAUGAGAAUGAGGAGGAUUUUGAUAACAGAAUGCGCUCUCAAAUUCUAAGAAAACGCAGGGAGCUUGGGGACAUUCGCCCUAGUGAAACCUCCAAAAAAACAGAUAAAGCACACCGUAAAGAUAAGGAGUUACCAGCUCACAGGAGUGACGACGAUAAUGUCGAUGACGAUGAUGAUGAAGACCACCGGUCAACCAAGUCUCGAAAACUUUCUAUGAAGAAAAAAGGCAUUGGCUCAGAAGCCAGUGCAGAAAGAAUGUCCACAGGAGAUGCUAAUUUGCAACUACUGAAUCCAGCUGAACAAGAGAAACACUUGAAAAAACAGAAAAGGCGCCGUCUUCAAGGUCGUGAAGAUGAGACUUUAGCGAAGUUACAGAAAUUUAAGGCUUCCUUUCUCAGUAAGAAUCCUGCAACUAGUAACACAGAAAAUAAGGGUGAUGAAGUGGAGGAUUACACAGGGUGGCACAGCAACCGGUUGACUUUUAAACCUGAUUCCUCUAAGGACGGAAUGACGAGGAAAGAUGAUCCAGAUGACUAUGUAGUGGUUGAUCCUCUUCUGGAGAAAGGAAAACAAAAAUUCAACAAGAUGCAAGCAAAGCUUAAGCGGAGAGAGCGUGAAUGGGCAGGCAGAUCUCUGACCUGACCGCUGCUUGAGAGCUGCAUCGUGGAAAAGAUUUCUCAUUUCAUAUCAGUGCCGCGGCUGCAGCUUUGGUCGUGUUAAUUGUACACUGUUUCGGAUGGUAUGAUAUGAUUUAUGGUAGAGGGACCACCUGUAGACUAGUGUUUUGAACAUUUGUAUAAUUGUCAAUGAAACUGUAAAUAACAAUUGUACAAUUCAAACCGUUUUUUUUCUGGUACUAUUGUCGACAGCCUUCUUUGUUUUAGACGCUCUUGUUAACAUUUGCUAAGGUUCAUAACAUCCUUGUUAAGGAGCAGUGGUUCUCUUUUCUAGUUUCUUUCAUGUUAUCAUGUGCAACAGAAUAAUUUAUUUAGAUG